CUUUAUUUCUCUCUUCUUCGCCGGCACUCUCGAAUCUCUGAAACUCUCUUUUCUCGUCCCAAACAAUUCAUCUUUUCUUGCACUAAAUUCAAUCCAAUUUCAAGGUUGAUGGAGCACCGUGAAGUUGUAAACGUGCCUGGUUUGCAGUGAUUUGUCUUCUUUUAGUACCGAUUGGCUCGAGUUUGGGUUGAAUUUUAUCACUUUUCGAUCGAAAUGGAUCGUUGUGACACUUCAGGAUUUGUUAGUGGGGGUGGGAUUUACUCAUUCAACGAGAUCUAACCCUAGUUUUUGUGGCUAAUUUUCUUCACCCCGAAAUCAGGUCGACUGCUCUGUUGCAUUUGAGAUCUGCUCUGCAUAUCGUUUGUUUUGAGUUUUUAGGUAUUGCUAGAUGGAUUCCAGGUUCUCGAACUUGGGGUUCCCUGCUAAUUUUUCUUUGAAUGCAUUCAACACUUUGGGUAGUUCGAUGCAAGUUGGAGUAACUGCAUAUGGAAAAGAUACUGUUCUAAGUCUUGAUUCCCCUGGCUCUUCAAUCCCUUAUAUGUCUACAUCAAAGGGAGUCAAGAGGAAGUGGAGUUUGAUGGAUGGAACCAUCGGGGAGCAAGUUGGGUCAUCAUUGGCUCUUCGGCUAGGCCGCACCUCUAGUUCCUCUGACAGCAAGGGAAGCUCAACAACUGCUUGUACCGCCACAUCUUCAGCCAAAGAAUCUGAUGUGGAGUCCUCAAUGGAUAUUGAAUUGGAUUUUACCCUCCAUCUUGGAAAUGAGAAGGUAAACAACCCCAAGAAACCUUCUGGUUCAGAUCUGAAAGGACGAAAGGGAUUGCAACUGAACGUGGACCUGGAGUUAAGUCUCUCAACAGGUUUUUCUGAAUCUGAUGUUACUGGUGUCCAUCUUAUCUCUUCUCCGGAUACGACAGGUAUGAUGAUGCCUAUAGCAGUUGAAGGGCCCCCAAAUGCAGAUGAAAGAUCUUCAUGUCAAUGGAAACCUGGAACUGGUUCGUCACCAUUUCAGAGUUUACCAGCAAAACAGGCUAGUGUCUUCUUCGAGGAGGUUCUAAGAAGCAUUGAUCUUUCUCCCGUUGCUCCAGAGUUAUCAUCGAGCGUGAUUACUACCCCGAAAAGCUCCGUCACCUGCACUUCAGGGAUAGCGCGGAAACAACAACCACAAUACCGCAGCUCUAGUUUGAAGACAUGUCAGGUUGAAGGAUGUGGAAAGGGGGCCAGAGGUGCCUCAGGCCGUUGCAUAUCUCAUGGUGGUGGCAGGAGGUGUCAAAAGCUUGGCUGCCAUAAGGGAGCAGAGGGCCGGACUGUGUAUUGCAAGGCCCAUGGUGGCGGUCGGCGAUGUGAAUUUCUUGGUUGUACAAAAAGUGCAGAAGGUCGUACUGAUUUCUGUAUUGCCCACGGUGGUGGUCGUAGAUGUAACCAUGAUGGUUGUACUCGAGCUGCCAGAGGCAAAUUUGGAUUAUGUAUACGUCAUGGUGGUGGGAAGAGAUGUCAAAUAAAAAAUUGCACAAGAAGUGCUGAAGGCCUCUCAGGACUUUGCAUCUCACAUGGAGGUGGGCGUAGAUGCCAGUUUAUAGGAUGCACAAAGGGGGCUCAAGGGAGCACCAUGUUCUGCAAGGCACAUGGUGGUGGAAAACGGUGCACGUAUCUAGGAUGCACCAAGGGUGCUGAAGGGAGUACCCCUUUCUGUAAGGGUCAUGGAGGGGGGAAAAGAUGUGCAUUCGAAGGCGGUUGGGUUUGUACAAAGAGUGUGCAUGGAGGAACCAACUUUUGUGUAGCACACGGAGGAGGCAAGAGGUGUGCCAUGCCUGAAUGCACAAAGAGUGCGAGGGGACGUACGGACUAUUGUGUUCGACACGGUGGAGGUAAAAGAUGCAAGCUUGAAGGGUGCGGCAAAAGUGCACAAGGUAGCACGGAUUUCUGCAAGGCACAUGGUGGAGGCAAGAGAUGCUCCUGGGGCCAUCCUGGGUCAGAAUAUGGCAACCAACCUUCUGGUCCUUGUAACUCUUUUGCAAGGGGCAAAACAGGUCUCUGUGUACUCCACUGCAGCCUGGUUCAUGAUAAGAGGGUUCAUGGUGGUGCAACACUUGGGCAUAUUGUCCUAGACCCUCAACUCAGCAAUUCUGGGAAGAUGAAAGGGAUUGCUACUACGGAGGACGUAAAUGUUGACGCUAUGAAAAUGUGGAGUGCCAUAGAACCUUCUGCUGGCAGAACUUGUUCUAGUUUGAAUCAAUAUGGACUUCCUUAUGGUUCCAGCUCUGUCAGCAAAGGGGGCUCUGCUUUUGCGCCUGAAGGUAGGGUUCAUGGUGGGAGUUUGAUGGCAAUGCUAGCAGGUGAUUCUGGUCUUGCCUCGGUUGACACUGCAGGUUUCUCCGGUAAUGCAUCAGAGCUAAAUAAGUCGUUUAAGUCCCCCCAGAAGCGGAUGUGAGGCGGAUGUAAGUUUAUUUUCUCAACUAUUAUCAAAUUAUUCUGGGAAGUUAGCCAGUUUAUUGUUUGCAUCUUUUGGUUCAAGUUUGGUAGUGUUAGAAACCCUUGGUCAUUCAUUAGUUUUAGAUUGCAACAAAAGUGCUUUAUUACUGGGUGUAACCAUUUGGGGUGGGAAAUAGCUAUAACAAUGAAUCAGGGUCAUUGUUGGUUGUUGUAAAUAAUUACAUGUUUCCAGCAGGUUGUUGUGAAUAUGUAGGGCAGUGCCUGUAAGAUCCAGUCGGUUUGUGGAACAUUUAUGGUUAUAAUAAAUCUUUUCUU